AUGAAAUGUGUUUGCGAUAAUGGCUAUUCACUUAUUGUUGACCGUUGCACAAAUCAAGAUGAUCCAUUGUACAAAAUUCAAAAAGAUUUGGAACUCAAACGAUUCUACAAGCGAAUUCAUUUGAUGAGAAAGGAGAAUCCAAAUAUAACAGUAGUAUCACAAAUCAUUUGUCCAAGUAAGAUGGUACUGGUUGAACAUAUUUGUCCACCAUCAGAAAAUUGGGGACUAAACUGCUAUCGCAUUUGCAAAUGUAUGGAUGGACUGCAGAAAAGAGGAGAUAACUGCGUGAUGGAAUGA